AGGGUGUGUGUGCGCAGGCGCUCUGCAGAUGCUGAGUUUCAGUUUGCCCUACAGAGCUGGGAUCUGUAGACAACGGUUCAGUCUUUCCCACCGCUAAGGAAGGGGGAGAGGGCUUCAAGAUGGAGUCCGAGGCACACGGUGGAGAAGCCAUGAGGGCAGCCGAUGAAGAUGCAGGUGCCGUGGCCUCUGCAACAAGCACAGCACAUGGCGGGCAAGGUGGGUUGUGUGGUGCUGGUGGCCGCGAUGGCCGUGGCGACCCAGCUGGCCCUGGUAACGCGCUGAAUCGAGGAGUCCCUGCCUGCUCCGGCGAAUUGGCUGAUCCCAGAGGCCCCAGUGCUGCAGGAGAGUCAGGUGGCGCAGCUGCUGCCAUUCCGCAGAUCCCGGGGGCAGCCAACGCACCAGGGCAUGGUGGAGACGCAGCACCCAGAGCCAGAGUUCUGAAUAAUCGAGUCUUCCAGUUCAGCCUCGCCGUUCCUUUCUCAUCGCACGCGCAGGCGGACAAUGCCCGCCACCUCCUGGCUCGACGUAUUCAACUGCGAUGGCCAGUUCGGAGGGAGCUCUAUGUUAAUGGCCGCAUGUUGGUUCUCCGAUUGACUGCUGAAGACCAUGACCUGUUCCAGAUGGCUGUGGCCUUCUAUCUGGAGCAGCUGUACCUGGUGAUGUGGGCCUUCCAUCGCUUUGUGCAUCCCCUUUUUGCUUAGUCUCAGCACAGGAGAGGGGCUUAAACCUUGCCUAUAUGCCCUAGCAUCAAGUAUCCUUCUCGAGAGCAUUGCUUUCUUAAAGAAGUUUGAGCAGAUCUCAAAUUGUGCCUGUGGUACUGCUUGGGGGCUCAGGGUCCACAUAGUUUGUUUGGUGAUUGUUAACUGCAGAAAAUAAAAGUGAGCUACUGUGCUGUCUCUGA